AUGGGCUUCCACAAAUCAUCCAUGGGCAUCAAGCUCAAGGAUAAGCACCUCCUCACUGCUUACUGCCAGCGACCUUCUGGAGAAGCUACAUAUUCAGAGCUCGAUCUGGAUGACUUCCUUGGGGCAAGAAAGGGACAACUCGCCUGGGGUGAGCGGGGCUUCUCGAAGAGCUCACGUAAGGUUGAAUUCAAACUUGAAGGCCCCAACGAGGACCCCGUGCUGCACGCGCAACUCGAUGAUGGCGAAGGAAACGUAAACGAUAGCAAGGUGAACCUAGGAUCUUGCAUCAAAAAUGAGGAUGGUCAGCUGAGUUUCAUGGAAUGUUUCUAG